CCAACAACCAGACAAAUUAUUUCCAAGCAGACAAAUUAUGGAUGGCUAAUUAAGCUUUAACUCUGCCCACUCUACCUUCUCUCUUGUUUGUAUCCACACGUGUGGGGUUGCUCUUCUCCUGUGAUUCGAACCGUGAUAUAAUUUUCGGUUUCUUAUCUAUUGAAAUUGGCUGUACACUGUACAGUAGUUGUAUGCCACCGCAUUUUGGCAAUUUGUUUUUAUGGAAUAUGCUUUACUGUGCAGAUUCAUAAAGUUUUAGUGUAUUCUAAUGAUGGGUUUUUUUCUUUAUAUAUGAUGAGAUCUUGGUGCUGAAAGCUGCACUUUGCUUUCAAGCAUUGAGUAUCCAUUAAUGCAGUGCUGACAAUUUGGCAGGAGUUUAGUUUUUCUUGCAAUGGGUUUCAGGCAAAGUUGGUUUUUAGUGGUGUUGGCCAUCCUGCCAAUUGUUUGUCAUGGAGUUUGCAAUUAUCCUGCAAUUUUCAACUUUGGGGACUCUACAUCAGAUACAGGGUCUAUUCAUUAUGUGUUUCCUUACAAUGAGCUUGCAGAGAGUCCUCCUUAUGGUCAGACAUAUUUUGGAAAACCAGUUGGGCGUUACAGUGAUGGAAGACUCUCUGUUGAUUUCUUUGCAACGGCCCUGGGAUUGCCUUUUUUGAGCCCAUAUUUGCAGUCUGUUGGAUCUAACUUUGGGCAUGGAGUGAACUUUGCUGCUGCUGGUGCCACUGUUAGAGAGACCAGCUUCAUUGCCCCUGUUUCUCUCACUGUUCAAAUCAAUCAGUUCAAGAUCUUCAAGCAGAAGGUUCUUGACAGCAUCAAUCAACAUGGUCCUCUCGAUUAUCUUCCUAGCGAGGAGGCGUUCAAAUCAGGUGUUUAUGUUCUCGAAAUAGGCGGCAACGAUUUCAGCUUUGGAUACAUGAACCUCAACCUCACCCCUGCCCAGGUCAAACAGACCAUGCUUCCCAAAGUGGCCAGGGCAGUUGCAGGAGCAGUGCAGGCAUUAUACGACGAGGGGGCAAGGACAGUCCUAGUAAAGGAUGUGGCCCCACAAGGCUGUGGCUCAUUCUGGCUCACUUACUUUUACCCCUCUGAUUUCGACCAAAACGGCUGCUCCACCUCAUACAACGACGCCGUCCUUUUCUACAACAGAGUCCUUCGAACUCAGCUCGCAAAGCUCCGCAGAAAGCUAAGCGACGCCUCCAUUAUAUACGUCAACACAUACGACAUUGUCUACGACUUCUUUUCCAAUCCUUCCAAACAUGGUUUCCAGGAGACUACAAAAGCUUGCUGUGGAGUAGGAGGCAACUACAACUACGACUAUGCAGUACAGUGUGGAUCAAGCGGCACCAUUAAAGGGCAAAAUGUGACGGCUGUGGCCUGUGCUAAUCCAGGAGCCCAUGUAACAUGGGAUGGAGUUCACUGGACAGAUGAGGCAAACAGGCUCCUCACCAAGCAGAUUUUGAGUGGAAAUUACUUUGAGCCAUCUUUUUCUUUGGCUAAGUUUUGUGAUCUCCAGUCUGUGUGAGCCCGAUUUGACUCUGUACUGCUUCAUUCUUCAUGUGCAUACGUCGUCGGUGUAUAAAUAAUUUACAGUCUACACAUGAUGUAUUAUGUUCCCACAUUCAUUUUUCUUUUCCAGUUUCCUUUAGGAUUAUGUAUGAUUCGUUUUGUCGCCCAUUGGUUUAUAAUAAUGGAGGAAGCAGCUGUUUGUAUUAUUAUUAUUAUUAAUUUUGUUGCAUAUUGAGCUGGCUACAUAAUUGCAGUGUGGAUUCUUGCA